UUGACCAAGACAACAUAGUCUAUUAAUAUUUCAGAGAUACUGUAAGCAGAUAUCAGUAUUAAAUCCCAAGUUGAGGUGGGUGGCCGGCAGAGGGGACAAUCAUUUCCAUCUGCAGCUGUCCAACUCAGCACAGGUGAGGAGUGAAGCAUUGCUGAGAGAAAGAUGUCCAGCUCAGAGAUGAUGGCGAUGAUGGUGAUGAUGAUGGAGACGGAGGCUCUGCACAUCUCCUGGCAUCAGUAGGAGCUUCUUCAAUCCCCACCUGUCCUUUAACUACCUAAACACAACUUCCUCCUCCUGCUCGACAACCGCCAGGAAGGAUGACUGUGGUGUCUACGGAAAACAUGGACGAGACCUCCACCCUGCCAGGUCACCCGCAGGACCCCUACGCGCUUGAUGAUGACCACGACGAUCACGACUGCUGUGAGAGGGUGGUCAUCAACAUCUCUGGGCUUCGCUUUGAGACACAGCUCAAGACCCUUGCCCAGUUCCCGGAUACGCUGCUUGGGAACCCCAAGAAGAGGAUGCGCUACUUUGACCCCUUACGAAACGAAUACUUCUUUGACCGGAACCGUCCAAGUUUUGAUGCCAUCUUGUAUUAUUACCAGUCCGGGGGACGGCUGAGGAGGCCCGUCAACGUCCCACUUGACAUGUUCUCAGAGGAGAUUAAGUUUUAUGAGCUGGGUGCAGAGGCAAUGGAGAAAUUCCGGGAGGAUGAGGGUUUUAUUCGGGAAGAGGAGCGACCUUUGCCAGAGAAGGAAUUCCAGCGGCAGAUCUGGCUCCUGUUUGAGCAUCCGGAGAGUUCGGGGCCUGCCAGGGCGAUCGCCAUCGUUUCUGUGAUGGUUAUUCUUAUCUCAAUAGUCAUAUUUUGUUUGGAGACUUUACCAGAGCUGAAGGAGGAUCCCAAUGACCGGAUACGUGUGGUGGGCAACACCACCGUGUAUUACAAAGCCAAUGUCCUCACAGACCCUUUCUUUGUGGUGGAGACUCUCUGCAUCAUCUGGUUUUCCUUUGAGCUGAUAGUCCGUUUCUUUGCAUGCCCCAGCAAGGCGGCAUUCUUUAAGAACAUGAUGAACUCUAUCGAUAUCGUGGCGAUCAUCCCCUACUUUAUUACUCUUGGCACAGAGCUGGCUGAUGACCAAGGCAACAAGGAGGGGAAAGGAGGAGGGGAGCAGGCCACGUCUUUGGCCAUUCUCAGGGUAAUCCGUUUGGUGAGGGUGUUCAGGAUCUUUAAACUGUCCCGACACUCGAAGGGACUCCAGAUUCUGGGGCAGACUCUAAAGGCGAGCAUGCGGGAGCUGGGCUUGCUCAUAUUCUUCCUCUUCAUUGGUGUGAUUUUGUUUUCCAGCGCUGUGUACUUUGCUGAGGCUGAGGAGAAGGAAUCUUUCUUCACCAGCAUCCCAGAUGCUUUCUGGUGGGCCGUGGUGUCCAUGACGACAGUUGGCUACGGUGACAUGUACCCCGUGACCAUAGGAGGGAAGAUCGUGGGCUCCUUGUGUGCCAUCGCAGGCGUCCUAACUAUCGCGCUGCCGGUACCCGUCAUCGUGUCCAACUUCAACUACUUCUACCACCGGGAGACGGAGGGUGAGGAGCAGGCACAGCUGCUCAACGUCAGCAACCAGAACUUGGUGUCGGAGACCAAUUCGAGUCGCCGCAGCUCCUCUGUGGUCAGCAAGUCAGAGUACAUGGAGAUCGAUGAGGACUUGAACAACAGCAUUGAUAACUUUAGGGAAGCGAACCUCAGGACUGCCAACUGCACAGCUCCCAGCCAGAACUGUGUGAACAAGACAAAGCUGCUCACGGAUGUGUGAGCAGCUGUACGACGCACAGCUGUACAUAAUGUAAAAAGAUUGGGAUGCUCUAGCUCUACUGGUGCAUUUUAAUCUCUUCGUUGUAUGAAGUAAUUCAUACAUGUGUGAAGACUUGAAAACACAUGAUUAUAUUAAUGUACUG